GCACUAAAUGCUUGACACAUACAGUAGCUUGAGUAGAGUUUGUCACCUAGUUGUUGUCACUGCUGUUAAACAUUUUAGGUUGGUCUACAUUUGCCUGCACAUUUAAACUGGAGUUGAAUGAUUCUUCUGUCCAUAUCCUGAACAUCCAAGAAUCUGGAGGCACAGGUUGAGCAUCCACGACCAUGGUGAACCAGGACCCCACCAACCCCUCCCAUGUCCUCUUUGACCAGUUUGUCCAGACCCAGACCUGUAAGGAGGUGCAGCGUACCUUCUCAGAGCUCUGCCACCACCUAGAAUUGGACCCCCAGGACUACCAGAGUUUCUACACCAAGCUCAAGGAGAGGCUCAACUACUGGAAGGCCAAAGCCCUCUGGAUCAAGCUGGACAAGCGGGCCCAACACCAAGACUACCAGCAGGGCAAAGUCUGUGCCAAAACCAAGUGCCUGGUGCUGGGUGCAGGGCCGUGCGGGCUGAGGACAGCCAUAGAGCUGGCUCUGCUGGGGGCUCAGGUGGUGGUACUGGAGAAGAGGGACUCUUUUUCCCGGAAUAACGUGCUGCACCUCUGGCCUUACACCAUCUGUGACCUGCGUGGGCUGGCUGCCAAGAAGUUCUAUGGCAAAUUCUGCACUGGGGCUCUGGAUCACAUCAGCAUCCGUCAGCUCCAGCUGAUACUGCUGAAGGUGUCUCUCCUCCUGGGGGUGGAGGUUAACACUGGGGUGGAAUUCAAAGGCUUCGUGGAGCCCUCAGAAGCCACGGGCUGGAUGGCCAAGCUGUUUCCUGACGAUCACCCUGCUGGGAAGUUCCAAUUUGAUGUCUUCAUCUCUGCAGGAGGAGGGCGCUUUGUCCCUGAUGGCUUCAGGUGGAAGGAGCUGCGAGGAAAGCUGGCCAUCGGCAUCACAUGUAACUUCAUCAACCAUCACUCAGCAGCCGAGGCCCAGGUGGCAGAGAUCAGUGGUGUGGCCCGCAUCUACAACCAGAAGUUCUUCCAGGACCUGCUCACAGAGGAAGGUAUUGAUCUGGAGAACAUAGUCUACUAUAAAGACGCCACCCACUACUUUGUCAUGACUGCCAAGAAGAAGAGCCUGUUAAAGAUGGGGGUCAUUAAACAGGACUUCAGUGACGCCAAUCAGCUCCUGGGCCAGGCCAACGUGGACCAGGACGCCUUGUUGCGUUACGCCCACGGCGCUGCCCACUUCUCCACAGGCCGCCGCCUGCCCAACAUGCAGUUUGCCCUGAACCACGCUGGCCAGCCUGACGUGGCCAUGUUUGACUUCACCUGUAUGCACCGUGCUGAGAACGCCUCGCUGGUCAGGGAGAGGAAAGGAAAGAAACUACUCAUAGGCCUGGUCGGAGACUGCCUGGUGGAGCCGUUCUGGCCUCUGGGAACAGGUAUUGCCCGUGGGUUUCUGGCUGCCUUCGACACAGCGUGGAUGGUCAGGAGCUGGGGCAAGGGAAAACCACACCUGGAAGUCGUUGCUGAACGGGAGAGUAUCUACCAGCUCCUGUCCCAGACCACGCCAGAGAACAUCAGUAAAAACUACAGUGCCUUUAGCAUAGACCCGGCUACACGCUACCAGCACGUCAACCUCAACUCCAUCAAGGCCAACCAGUUGCAACAUCUGUAUGAUGUUGAAGACCAUAUUGAUUUGGGUCGACCAACCAAGAAGCAGAAAGGCAGGUUGUCUCACCUGCGACAAGAUUCGGUUGGAGCUUUUGAGGAGCUGUUGAAGUGGUGCCAGCAGCACACGGCAGGGUACGACAGGGUGAAGGUGAAGGAUCUGACCCAGUCCUGGAGGUCUGGCCUGGCCUUGUGUGCCCUCAUCAACACCUUCAGACCCCAUCUUAUUGACAUGUCCUCUCUGAAGGAGUCUGAUUCGGUCCACAACAACCAGCUGGCCUUCAGCCUCCUGGAGGAAGAGCUGGGCAUCCCUCCCAUCAUAUCAGCCAGUGACAUGGCCACCAAGGAACAGAUAGACAAGCUCUCCAUGGUGCUCUACCUCACACAGAUCCACGAUGCCUUCAACGAAAGGACGCCCACUAGAGCAGAACCCCCGAGCCUUCUCCUGACACCGUCGAAGACCCUGUCAUUUCAGGCUGUGUUCUUCCUCAACAAGCUCAAGCACAACUCUCUGCAAAGACGCAAGGAGAGACUGGCAGCCGAGACAGAAGAAAAAGAUAAAAAGAUGAGGAUGGGAGAUGAGGAAGAUCCUGUAGCCCCUCUCUCAGCCCCUGAGGUGACCCCUGACCCUGAACUAAGCCCGACGUCAAUGAACAAUGAGGAGUGUUACUUCUGCGGCCAGCGGGUCUAUGUGCUGGAAAGGAUCAGCACCGAGGGCAAGUUCUUCCACCGUAGCUGCUUCACCUGCCAGCAGUGUGGCACCACCCUCAGACUUGGCAGAUAUACAUUUAACCAGCACACGGGGAAGUUCUACUGUGAGCUGCACUCUGAACAGCUAGAGAUAGAGAACAAGGAACAAUCCCCAUCCGUUAAGGAUACCAUCGGAGGUCACGAGAAGGAGAGAGGUGUGAAUUCUAUCUCCAGUGAAGACCCCUCACCUUGUCCCUCUGAGGACGCUGAGUACUAUCUAGACUCGGGUCCUCCUAAACCCAUGGAGCCUCUGCAUCCUCCGAGUCAGGAAGACCCCAGUAGCAAACAGCUUAACCCUGUAGAGGAGCACCCUGUCUCACCAAAACCACCCAUAGACGUUUUCACAAAGAAUGAUUUUGAGGACUGUGAGGUGGAGGAAGAGGGGGGUGAGGAUGCCCCCUCGGAUUCUCUGACCCCUGUCCCAAAACCUCGACACUCUCGCUCGUCAAUCCCAAGCCCUCAGGCCUCCCCUCCUGUACCCAAACCACGCACCGUCCUCCUCACCCCAAAAGGGGACAUGUCACCAGCCCAUGUAGGGGAGAAGGGGUCCCCCAGGGCAGAAAGAGAAAAAGGGACUCCCAAGGCAGCCCCUGACUCCAGGCCGAAGCCAUCCCUGCGGAAGCUGCAGCUGACCGACGAGGAGAAGAACCACCUAGUUAACUUGAGCUUCAGCCUGGACUCUGACUCUGAGACACCCGGUUCUUCCUCCUGCUCCUCUUCCUCAGCCACAGCAGGGGGUCCCUGCCCACCCAAACCCCCAGGUGCAGACGGCCAGGAGGAGGAGGGCUACUGGAGUGGGGGCCCUGGGUCGGGGGGACACAUACGGGAGCACAGGAACCGCCGCUGCUUCAGGAGGAAAGAGGAACCAGCGGAGGGCAAGGGUCAGCACGCCAGGGUCCGCUCCAAGUUCUCCCCAUGGAACUUGUCCUCCCCUCGGCUGGGGAGGGACCAACGCUUCAGCGUCCUCAACAGCCACCCAGAAGUACACCAUGGCCACAGUGUAUCUGAGGAAGAUUGUGCUGAUGAUGAUGACGAAGAGGAGGAUGAGUUGGAUAUGUUUGCACCAGAUGGCUUGGAUUUAUAUGAUGAUAAGUUCCAGACCAUCCCUUCAUACCCUGUGGAGGCAGAGAAACUGGAGCUGUUGAAGAUGAGGACGUUGGAUCGACGGGCCAAGACGUGUGAGAUGCAGCGCUUCCACAAAGCACAGUCUAUUCAGAGACGCCUGGAGGAGAUUGAGGUGACGUUUAAAGAGCUGGAGGAUAAAGGUGUGGUGUUGGAGCAGGUACUCCGAGGAGAGGAAGGCAGUGGCGGUUCCCCUGAGAUGAUCGACCAGUGGAUCCAUCUGGUCCACCAGAAGAACGCCUUGGUCUCUGAGGAGUCAGACCUCAUGGUGGCGUCUCGACAGCUGGAGUUGGAGGACAAACAGAGCAUGCUGGAGAUGGAGCUCAGACAAUACAUGGAGCUGGAUGACUCUGAGAAGACGGCGGAGCAGCAGGCAGAAGAGGACCGUGUGCUACAGGAGAUGCUGGAGGUGGUUGACAUGAGGAACUCUCUGGUGUCCUUCCUGGACGAGAAGCGACUCAAGGAGAUCGAGAGUGACAAGCAGCAGGCCACCUCGCUGCUAGAGGCCAAGAGACACUCCACAGCCUCAGCAGGGGCACAGGUGCACUGGGCGUGAGGGUGACACACCUACAUACAUAUAUAUAUAUCUGCUAAAAUGAAGGAAACACUUGAGUAAAUGAGGGAUGCAAAGUAUAUUGAAAGCAGGUGCGUGGUUCUUUAGUUAAUUAAGCAAUUAACAUCCCAUCAUGCUUAGUGUCAUGCAUAAAAAUGCCCAGUUGCCCAUUAUUUUGGCUACCAUGGCUAGAAGAGAUCUCCGUGACUUUGAUAGAGGAGUCUCAAAGGAGCCUAGGGGGUUUAAAGUGUGUGUCUGUCACCAGAUCUCAACCCAAUUGAACACUUCUGGAGCGGUGCCUGAGACUGUUUUCCAUCAACAAAACACUAAAUGAUGGAAUUUCUCGUAUAGUAGUUUCUCGUAUAAUAGUUCCAGACACUUGUAGAAUCUAUGCCAAGGCGCAUUGAAAUUGUUCUGGCUCGUGGUGGCCCAACGCCAUAUUAAGACACUUAUGAUGGUGUUUCCUUUAUUUUGGCAGUACAUGCCUACAUAUGUACAGGUAUACAUACACACUUAAAUGUAUUUAAAGAGAAUAUUGCUGCUUACAGACGCACACGCAUGAUCUUACAUUUGCAAAGCCAAAGAUGUAUUGGUGAAGGUAUUUCUUCAGAAGUGUUGUGCUCUGUGUUGAGCCGCAGUGUACUGUCCGACUCCAGAUGUAUAACACAGAAACUGGUCUAGAAAUAUGUGGCUUACAAUCUGGAUGCAUCCAGGCCUUCCUGGCCUGUUCCCACUGGUCAUACAUCUCCAGUGAAGGCAGUCCUGCCCCAGCAGCAGCCCCAGAAUAAAGAGACCCCCACAGCCAGCUGAACUCGCACCAACCUGACUAACUGCUGACUGCAGUACAAAGCCAAGGAGUUGAACGGUCACAGGUUCUUAACACAGGGUUAAUAUAUUCUGUGGGUUGGACAGUGUUGUGUAAAAUGCCUUUUUGUUGUUGUUGUUGUGUAACCCUGGAUGAGUGAGUUCUGCUAAGCACCACGGUAAUGUCCCAAUUCUACUUUUGUAUACUGUAUAAAUUGACAUAAUUAGAUAUAUUACAACAAUUUGUUGUUUGAGAAUUGCGUGGUCCAUAACAAUUCAAUAUUAUUAAAGAUGUUAAAUAUUAGAUUAUUUACUAGUAUUUCAAAUUAAAGUUAAUCCUUUUUUUUUUUUUUUUUUGCACUUUCAGUGACUCAUGUUGUGGAUUGUUUUGCAUGUUACAUUUAUAGUUAAUGUUUAGUCUCAGGGGUUAACCAGUGCACUCCUCUAGGAAUCGUUGUUUGAUGGAGGUCACUAAUUGGAUGUGUAAGGCUGCUAAGGCUGCAAUACACAGGCAGCCCAAUUUGAAUUGUUAUUUUGACCACUCACAGCAGAUCUGAUUGGUCGAAAGACCAAUUGGUGAAGAAUAAGAUCAAAAUUGGGCGGCCUGUCUAAAUGCAGCUUUUAGUGUAUGGGUGAAAUACAUUCUGAAGUGACAGGCUACUUUCUGACACUAUAUUUAUCAUUUGCUAAUCUCUAAGUAUAAUAGUAUAGCCAAGGGUAAAUGUUGUUAGUCAGACCCAGCCUUAUGUAUCCUCCAGUAUUGAAUGCCUCCGUUGUGCUGCCGGGACAGUACUUUGCAGAAUAUAAAAUAAAGACCCUGCACUGUCAUCUAAUUUUAUGACUUUUAAGGACAUCCUCAUAUAUACGUAUUGGAUUUUUUUUGGUGUAAGUCUUGUCCCAUGUUGUUUUGAUGCUGUUCCUAAUGGUUACCACUAGAGAGCAUACCUACCCUGUUUGGCUGCAUUGCAUUAGUGGAAACCAAGACUUUGGUCAUGGCAGACCUGAUUGUAGUAAGAUAUUUUAGUUGUGACCGGGACAAUUUUAACUAACCCUCUUCCUAACCUUAACCUCAUUCUCCUAACCUGUUACGAAAAGUUGCUUCUGCUAGUCAAAACCGACACAUCUGCCCUAAAAAUAGUAUUGGUUUCCACUGUGAUACAGCCCAUGUUUAACAGAGUUAAUAGACACAUGAUUCACGUGACUUCACAAAUUGCCCGUGAACUGCAAUAGGUUCAGCAAGUGUUUAAUUGUAAUCUAUUUUAUUCUGCACAGGAUUGACUAAAUAAAUACUCAGAAUAAAGAAGUAGUCUUGUUUCACUGCAAAUUGAACUUGCUCAGUGAUGCCUGCUAGCAAUGCAAAACAACUAUAUAUCUAGCCUCUUGGAAAUAACCUGAAUAUAAUUCUGAAAGUAAUAAAAUACACAGUGAUGUGUUUGCAAUUUC